AUGCUCAAAAUUCAAGUCGGAAUUUUUCUUAUUUCGUCUAUAUUUUUAUUGUUUUUGGUGUUCUUACGAUUUCGGUACGAAAAAAUCACGUUCGGACUCAUUUCGGACACUUUCGAGUCGACUUUCACCCUAGUGCAUGUGUUACCUAAAUUCGUUACUUUGGCGCUGGCGCGGCACCGCAUCAAAAAAUUACUAGAAACCACUCGAAAGUUCUGGUUUUUUAAACAAUUCCAGGAAACUAACAACGAGCUGAAAAUUUUGACUUUCGUGUUACAAUCGUUCUUGUUUUUUGUUUGUUUAGUGAUUUUGAUUUUCGCGAUUCGGCCCAUUUUUAACGACGCUUUGGCUAUAAAUUGCCACGUUCCUCGGUUUUUUCCGACUUCCGUUUUCACGGUUUUUAAUAAUUUGGUUUUUUCGUUUUCCGCUUUUGCUGUCGGUUCUUUCGAUAUGUUUGUCUGCGUGAUGGUCGUGCUGGUGGCGUUACAACUAAAAAUCUUAAGUCGAGUGAUUCUAGGGGUAAAUUUGGCCGAAGACGAGAUGUGUCUCAAAAAACUGAAAAUGUGUAUCAACUAUCACAAUUUUUUGAACGAUUUUUUGCAGGAAGUGAAUUCGAUUGUGAGUCCGGCCCUACUGGUGUACUUCACCCUAGCACCAGUCGCUCUUUGUUUCGAACUAUUUUUCAUAUCGAAAAGCCCAAAUUUGGCCGAAACUGCGAAAUCUUGUAUCUACGUUUCUGGAAUUGUCAUCGAAUUGUUCUUCUUUUUUUGCCUACCGGCGACGCAUCUCAUGAUUGAGUCCGAACAAAUGGUCAACGUUGUAUACAACACCCACUGGGAAAAUUCGUGUUCUUUACCAGUCCGCAGAACACUCAUCAUCAUGAUGCAACGAAUGCAAAAGGAAAACAUUCUAUCGGCUGGAAAAAUGGCGUUCCGGAUGGCUGUUUCUUUCUACACGUGCUUGCAAAUUGUUGACGAAAGAACUGGAAAAAAGUGCUGCUAA